AUGUACCUGCGCAACCAGGGUUGUGUAUUAUUGGGUUUGUGGGGGUUUCUGUUGUCAGCUAGAGGAAGGAACAUGCAGCAUCCUGGAGGAACAUGUGUGGCGUUACCUAACGUGGAUGCCUGUCCUCAGCUGUCCUGUGCAGCCCUCACCUUCAUGUAUUUACAGCAGGGUAACCAGGACACACCAGCACCCCCGGACCCAUCCAUGGCCCAGGCUUACUCAUCAGUCCAGUUUGCUCCCCCACCCCAGACCAGCAUUCCAGCUGACUUCACAGCAUCACACACCCUUCCACAUCAACAUUCUCACCCACAUCCACACCAGCACCCAGCAGCACCACAGGAUUACACUGGGGUCCAGGCGCCCGUCAGUGAGCAUCCACUCAACAUGUACCAGUCCUCACAGAACCACAGUGAGCAAAGUGGGUCUGACUCCAGCGGUCAGACAGUAACCAGCACAGCUACAACAGAUGAUGUGUCCCAAACACACAGUCAGCCAUCCAUACAGACUCCACCUGAAAGCACAGACAGCAAGGCCCAACCCAAGAGACUUCAUGUCUCCAACAUCCCCUUCAGGUUCAGAGACCCAGACCUCAGGCAAAUGUUUGGGCAAUUUGGCAAAAUCUUAGAUGUGGAAAUCAUCUUCAACGAGCGUGGUUCUAAGGGUUUUGGGUUUGUAACAUUCGAGCAUAGCAUGGAAGCAGACAGGGCAAGAGAGAAAUUACACGGCACCGUGGUAGAAGGCCGUAAAAUAGAGGUCAACAAUGCAACGGCCCGUGUAAUGACAAAUAAGAAGACUGUCAACCCAUAUGCAAAUGGCUGGAAGUUAAAUCCAGUGGUUAGUGCUGUCUACAGUCCAGAAUUCUAUGCAGUACCAGGGUUUCCCUACCCAGCAGCCACUGCAGCGGCAGCAUACAGAGGAGCCCACCUACGAGGUCGGGGACGGACUGUGUACAGCACAUUCAGGGCAACCACCCCAGCUCCCCAUAUCCCAGCAUAUGGAGGAGUUGUUUACCAGGAUGGAUUUUAUGGUGCAGAUAUUUAUGGCGGUUACACUGCCUACAGAUAUGCUCAGCCUACUUCAUACAGUGACAGUUACGGACGAGUAUAUGCUGCCGACCCCUACAGCCACACACUCACUCCAGCAGCAACAUACAGCGUUGGUGCCAUGAACGCAUUUGCCCCGCUGACAGAUGCCAAAACUCGGAGCCAUGCUGACGAUGUGGGGCUGGUACUGUCUUCCCUCCAGGCUAGUAUAUACAGGGGAGGCUACAGCCGCUUUGCACCCUAUUAGCAACACCUCCAACCUAUACUCAAUCUUCCAGCAGGAUAGAAAGAAAGUGUGUGCGUUUUUGAGUGUGUGACUGAGUGAGAACGAGAGACAUUACUGAGACAUGGGUAUUGCAAUACAUGCAGUAUUUGCAUCAUUACAGCAUCUCUCCUAAGAGAGAAAUACAAAAUAAUAAUAAUAUUAAUAAUAUGACAGCUGAUAUUUUUCAUCUAAUACCUCAGAUAUU